AUGCCCAGGUCCCUAUCCAAGAAAUCAUCCACUCUCACUACCUUGCACUUCUUCCCUCCUUCUCUCUUCCUCAGUCUGUCCCCGUAUCCAUUAGUCGCUAUUCUCCUCGUGAAUAUCAUCCGACAAGACGCACUCUAA